UUCUCAAUAAUCAGCAAUGAGAUCCUGCUUUCUUUUCCACAAAACUACUAUAUUCAGUGGUUAAAUGGCUCACUAAUUCAUGGGCAUCAGAGCACGCAUUUUGGAAACCCUUGUAAUGCUUAUUCUUCUUGCACUGCUUAUCCUUGGAAUCGUAUGGGUGGCUUCAGCACUCAUAGACAAUGAUGCUGCCAGUAUGGAGUCUUUGUAUGACCUCUGGGAAUUCUACCUCCCGUAUUUAUAUUCCUGUAUAUCACUGAUGGGAUGUUUGCUACUUCUGUUAUGCACGCCAGUGGGACUUUCACGGAUGUUUACAGUAAUGGGUCAGUUGCUGGUGAAGCCAACAAUCCUUGAAGACCUAGAUGAGCAGAUGUAUAUCAUCACUUUAGAGGAAGAAGCAAUUCAGAGGAGGCUUAAUGGUGUAUCUUCCACGGUGGAAUACCAGACAGCAGAGUUGGAACGGGAGCUUGAAAAAGUGAAAAGCAAGAAAAUGAAUCUAGAACGGCGGAAAAAAGCUUCUGCUUGGGAAAGGAAUUUAGUCUAUCCAGCUGUUAUGAUAUUGCUACUGAUCGAAACGUCCAUCUCAGUCUUCUUAGUUGCUCUCAACAUUCUGUACCUGUUGGUUGAUGAGACUGCAAUGCCAAAGGGAUCAGGGGGGCCUGGAAUAGGAAGUGCCUCCUUAUCCACCUUUGGCUUUGUGGGAGCAGCACUUGAAAUCAUUUUGAUUUUCUAUCUUAUGGUGUCCUCUGUCGUCGGCUUCUACAGUCUUCGGUUUUUUGAAAAUUUCACUCCCAGGAAGGAUGACACAACUAUGACAAAGAUCAUUGGAAACUGUGUCUCAAUCUUGGUGCUGAGCUCUGCUUUGCCAGUGAUGUCAAGGACACUGGGAAUCACCAGAUUUGAUCUGCUUGGAGACUUUGGAAGGUUUAACUGGCUGGGAAACUUCUAUAUUGUAUUAUCUUACAACUUGCUCUUUGCUAUCAUGACAACGUUAUGUCUGGUCAGAAAGUUCACUUCCGCUGUGCGAGAAGAGCUCCUGAAGGCAUUAGGAUUAGAUAAACUUCAUCUGUCAAACAAUCCAAGAGACUCUGAGACGAAGCCGUCUGCAAACGGGCAUCAGAAAACACUGUGAUUAACAAUCACCUGCGAUCAACAGAGCUGAAAACAUCAACCUUAUGGCAUUCCUGCCAUCUCAUCAGCAUUUUUAUAUUGAUUUUUUUUGUUGAUAAUUUGGGUCCAACCUUGUCUCAUGUUUUGAUGGAGUGUGCUUCUGAGGAAGUUAGGUAUAUCAGAUUCUUCUCUUUCCAGUGAACUUUUGGUCUGCUUGUUUCUUUUCCAGUAAGUUAAUGCAGGAGGUGACUUGAAGACUGGAAGCUAAAGAGAAUAAUGCAUUCCUUUUUAUUUGUUGACAGUCUCAUAUCUGUAGGUACAAACCUGCGACCAUUUGAAUGCACAGUACCUCCUGUGUUAUACAGACACAGCUAUAAAGAAUAACUUUGGGACUUGGUUAAAAAACAAAAAAGAAGGAAAAAAGAUACACUUGAAGCCCUGUGUGACCCUUACUGGAAACAUAAGCUACCUGGAGUAGGUAUCCUUGACAGUAGAUUAACAGUUCCACUAAGACGUGUUAAAAAUGAGAAGUAACUGGUAGACAUCACAGCUCCUUUUGUGCUGGAUACAGUAGGCUGGGCGUAGUCUAACGUCACGAAGCGUUCUUGGAAGGCCAGUGUUUUCAGCAUUCUGUUCUUGGCGAUAGAUGCCAGUUGCUUUGCUGGUAGUCAGACAAUGUAUUACCAAAAAGAGUGAAGUACAAGAUGAAGAUUAACUUCAGUGUUAAAUCUGAGCCUAGUAUGCUUUGUAAAAAGCUGUGUAGACCCCCUGUCGCAGCUCUUACAGUUCUGUAAGCUAUUGUGCCAUGGAGGUCACUUACCCUACCAAGUACAUCCCUGUAAAAUUCUUUAUGAACUACUGUGUAUAAGCAGUACUUGUAAUCAAUGCAAGUAGCACAGGCCUAGGAGGCUGCAAUUGCAGUUUUUUACAAUCUUUAAUUUGAAGUAAAUUAUUUCUCCGAAUUUAUACUAUAGUUACCAGGAUUUCUGUUCAGUGGCAUAAUCCAGUGUCUUUCACUAGCCUGUUUUUUAAUGUACACAUGAACAUGUAUAUAGGCCUAUAUGUGUAGAUAUCGUAAAUUAAAUUCUAAGCUUAUAGAGAUGGCAUAGGUGGCUUGGUAAGUAAAACUCUUGUGUGUUCAAUCUUGGUAGUGUGAAUUUCUGCAGUGUUACAGUUUAACUGCUGAGAGGCCUUAGAUUCAGGAUGGCAUUGGGGGUGGUAACGUCCUUUUUCUUAGCGUUACUGCAGCCUUAGGAAUCCGUUAAGCAGUUUACAGU